AUAAAGUGUUAAACAAGGAAUAAUGCCAAAUAUAACAACCCAUAACACCAAAUUUUAUGAGUGUUAAGUUUUAUUCAAAAAGCUAAGUUGCUAAUGCCAAUGCCAAUCCCAAAAAAAAAAAAAAGCUCUUCGCCAUCCGCCCAAUCGAAAAAGCCAAUUGAAAACGCCUGUUUUUUUUAAAAUGCCCUCGUAAAAUCUACUUCCUUUGUAAAAAAAACCCUAAGCAGGGGAAAGUGGGAAACCGGCGAAAAUGCCAAAGAAGAAGUUUGUAUACAGGCCGAAGAAGAAAGAUCCGGCGGGUGCUUCCUGUUCAGACCCGCCUCCUCCGCCGCCGCCAUGGGCGGAGCUUCCGCGGGACAUAACAGCCAACAUUCUGCACAGGCUGGGAGCGGAGGAGGUCCUGAAUAGUGCCAUUAGGGUGUGCACCUCGUGGCGAAGCACGUGCAAGGAUCCUUCCAUGUGGCGCGUCGUCGACAUGUCAAAAUAUGUUAGCUACCAUGACAAGCUGGAGCAAAUGUGUCGUUACAUUGUGAAUCUCAGCCAGGGAGAACUCCUGGACAUUACCAUUGAAGAUUUUGGCAGUGAUGAAUUGAUCCUCUAUAUUGCUAAGCGAGCAAGCAAGCUUAGGCGGCUUCGUCUUGUAUCCUGCCAUUGUGUUUCUAAUGAAUCUUUGAGUGAAGCUGCCACCCAGCUUCCAUCAUUACAGGAUCUUGAAAUACACUUAUCUGAUCUAUCAGCCGAAUGCAUCAAAACCAUUGGUCGCUCUUGUCCGUUGCUCAAGUCAUUUACUUAUAACAAAAGUGAAUUUCCCACAGCAUCGUCUGACAACGAAGCUAUAGCAGUUGCAGAAAACAUGCAAGGGCUGCACCACCUUUCUCUCUUAGGAAACACCAUGACAAUGAAAGGCGUGCAGGCAAUACUUGAUGGUUGCCCGCAUCUUGAAUCUCUUGACUUGAGAAGGUGUUUCCAUGUCAUUCUUGCACAGGAUUUGGGUGGAUCGUGUAAGCAGAUUAAAGAUCUGAAGCACCCUAUGGAUCCAAUUUGCGACUAUGAAUUCUCAAAUUACAUUGACGAGUAUGGUGACGACUAUGAUGCCUUCUCUGAUGGCUAUCCUGUUGAUUUUUUUGACUAUUACGGUGAUGAUGAUUUCGAGUAUGAUGACUAUACUGAUCCUUUCAGACCUGAGUACCUUGACGACUUCUAUUCUGAUGUACCACUGGAAUGGUUGAUGUAGAGGGUUACACAAUGGGCUUCCAGAUGCUUUCGAAAUGCUGAUAUGGUUUUUGAUCUAAGUGUCUUUCGUUAGCGGCUCUGCUUCUAGUCCUGUCAAAUAUUGAUCAAUAUUGUCUUUCUCGCAUUACCUUAGUUAAUGCUUCAGUCCGGGUUUCUACUUGCUGCUACUUUUGGAUUUAUUAUGCUCGGUUCAUUUCCGCCACUCUCUUUCCAAAAGAGAUGCAAUCACAUUGGAGUGACACUUGGCGUAUUACUCCGUAGGAUUCACUACGGAGCAUGUAAGAAGUUUGCUUUUGAACCGAGUGUUUACUGUAAGUACUUUGUGUGUGUAUUGUUGGGAUUUGACCCCUUUUGUUGCAUUUUGAGUGCUUACAUGAUCACAUCAAAACCAAUGUGCUUAUGUGCCUCUUUGCUCUUAAAUGGAGACUCACUCGCCUCUAAAAGAAUGUCUUGUUUUCUUUAUCUGGGUGUCCUCAAAAUAAAUGUCUAGUGAGUGG